UGCUGAUUAAUUUUUCAAGUGAUUUCAGCUGGCGACAACCUAGGAAGGUCCACUCAUUGCUUAACAACAUUGUUGUAUUGUUCCGAGAGGGAUCCGUUCCUGGCCGUCCUCCGUCCACUGUUUUUUCUUUACGCGCUAAGUUGGCUCAGAGACGCGCCACUAAUUAUUAAUUUAGCAGGAACGCGUUUCUACAUAAGAAUCCACCGUGCUCAAGUCUCUUCCUUCUAAACAUCUUUUGUUCAUCAACCACGAUCUCAACAUUGGGAACGGGCCACUACAUCGCAUCAUACUUGAGAUUAGAUCUGCAUGUUACUUGCAUACAGACACUUGUGGCUUCGAAUUAAUUAUUCCAGUUAACUGAACCUUGCUUCAUUGCACUUCAGUUCUUAAUCGCCUCUUUUUUACCGCCUUUUGGGUCUUGAGUGCCCCAAACUUUACGAUGUAUGUCAAGAAGCGUGAUGGACGUCAAGAGCGUGUUCAAUUCGACAAGAUCACAGCUCGUGUCUCUAGGCUCUGUUACGGUCUAGACACAGAUCAUGUCGACCCAGUUGCCAUUACCCAGAAAGUUAUCUCUGGUGUCUAUGGGGGUGUCACUACAGUCCAGCUCGACGAUCUCGCAGCCGAGACCGCCGCAUACAUGACUGUUACCCACCCGGACUAUGCUAUCCUCGCCGCUCGUAUUGCAGUUUCGAACCUACACAAACAGACCAAAAAACAAUGGUCUUCCGUCAUCAGUGAUCUCUACCACUAUGUCAACCCAAAGAACAGGAAGGCCUCUCCUAUGAUCUCCCAAGAGACGUAUGAGUGCGUCAUGAGACACAAGGAGGAUUUUGACUCUGCCAUUGUUUACGAUAGGGACUUCAACUACCAAUACUUUGGCUUCAAGACUUUGGAGCGAUCAUACCUACUCAAGCUCAAUGAGAAGAUCGUUGAGCGGCCGCAGCAUAUGAUCAUGCGUGUGGCGGUUGGUAUCUGGGGUGACGAUAUAGAGAAGGUUAUUCAAACUUAUAACCUGAUGUCGAGUAAAUACUUCACACAUGCCUCGCCUACCCUUUUCAAUGCCGGAACGCCUCAAGCACAGCUAUCGUCCUGCUUCCUCGUUGAUAUGAAGGACGACAGUAUCGAGGGUAUCUACGACACCCUCAAGACCUGCGCUAUGAUCUCCAAGAUGGCUGGCGGUAUCGGUCUCAACAUCCAUCGUAUCCGUGCCACUGGCUCAUACAUUGCUGGCACUAACGGCACCUCGAACGGAAUUGUACCCAUGCUUCGUGUCUUCAAUAACACUGCAAGAUACGUUGACCAGGGUGGUAACAAGAGGCCUGGUGCUUUUGCCAUCUACCUCGAGCCUUGGCAUUCAGAUGUUUUCGAGUUCCUUGACCUUCGCAAGAACCACGGCAAGGAAGAAGUCCGUGCUCGUGACCUCUUCUUGGCUCUCUGGAUUCCUGACCUUUUCAUGAAACGUGUUGAGAAGAACGGUGAAUGGACCCUCAUGUGCCCCAACGAGUGCCCUGGCCUGGCAGAUGUUUACGGUGACGAGUUUGAGGCCCUAUACGAGAAAUACGAGGCAGAGGGCCGUGGUCGCCAGAAGAUUAAGGCUCAGAAGCUGUGGUACGCCAUCCUCGAGGCUCAGACGGAGACUGGUAAUCCCUUCAUGCUCUACAAGGAUCACUGCAACCGCAAGAGUAACCAAAAGAACCUGGGUACGAUCCGUAGCUCCAACCUGUGUACCGAGAUUGUAGAGUACUCGGCUCCCGACGAGGUGGCGGUCUGCAACUUGGCAUCGCUUUCUCUGCCGUCAUUCGUUGACUAUAACGAGGGCAACUAUGACUUUCAGAAGCUCCAUGAGGUUGUCCAGGUGGUCGUUCACAACUUGAACAGAAUCAUCGACGUCAAUUUUUACCCUGUUCCGGAGGCCCGCAACAGUAAUAUGCGACACCGACCCAUCGGUCUUGGUGUUCAGGGUCUUGCCGAUACGUUCUUAGCGCUACGUAUGCCUUUCGAGUCGCCAGAAGCCAGGCAGUUAAACAAGCAGAUCUUCGAGACCAUGUACCACGCUGCUUUGACUGCAUCUUCUGAUAUUGCUAAGGUCGAAGGUCCUUACUCUACCUACGAAGGCUCCCCCGUCUCACAAGGUAUCCUCCAAUAUGACAUGUGGAACGUCACUCCCUCAGAUCUCUGGGACUGGGCCGGUCUCAAGGAGAAAAUCAAGCAGACCGGUAUACGUAACAGCUUGUUGAUGGCACCUAUGCCAACGGCUAGCACCUCCCAGAUUCUAGGUAACAAUGAGUGCUUCGAACCUUACACCUCGAACAUCUAUUCUCGUCGUGUCCUUGCUGGCGAGUUCCAGGUCGUCAACCCCUGGCUGCUGAAGGACCUUGUCGACAUGGGCCUCUGGUCUGAUGGAAUGAAGAACCGUAUUAUUGCCGAGGGCGGUUCAAUUCAGAACAUCCCCAACAUCCCCGCAGAUAUCAAGUCUCUUUACAAGACCGUAUGGGAGAUCUCCCAGCGAACUGUUGUCCAGAUGGCUGCUGAUCGUGGUGCUUUCAUCGAUCAAUCCCAAUCGCUCAACAUUCACAUGAGAGAACCUACCAUGGGUAAGAUCACCAGUAUGCAUUUCACUGGUUGGAAACUUGGCCUGAAAACUGGCAUGUACUAUCUCCGUACCCAAGCUGCUGCCGCGCCCAUUCAAUUCACCGUAGACCAAGAAGCUCUCAAGGUUGCGGAUUCGAACGCGGCUAAGUCGGGUGGGCUAAAGAAGCGAGCCCCCCCUGGAAACUACAACUCUUCCGCCUCCACAAGCCUAGCUAGGCCUGCGUAUGCCAAGCGGGAGGAUUCGAACAACAGCCUUGCCGCCUCAGGUCUUAACGGGAUCCCGACGCCUAGCACUACUCCGCCCCCUGUCUCGGUAACCCGGCCAGCAGCUUCGCCGAACAAGGCUGCACCCUUCAAGGCCGACGUCGACGAGGGCGAGAGUCCCAAGGCUUUAGCUACGGAACCCUCUGAGAAGGUCAAGGAAGAGGAGCUUCCUGAGCCAGCUAUUGAUGGCCAAAAGACCGGCCAGGAUGAAGACAAGGAGGAUAAGAGCAAAGAGCGUGAGUAUGACAUCUACGCUGAUGCCGUCCUAGCUUGCAGCAUCGAGAACCCUGAAUCGUGUGUUAUGUGCAGCGGUUAAAGGACCCGACGAGAUGAAGUGAUGAUGAUACGUAGCUGAUGAUGGACAUAAUGGAAGCAAGGAUGCUUCAGACCCAGCCUGCCUGGUGCAUUGCCUGGGCCUUGUGAAGAAGCAAAACGAUAAAUGCUACGCAUCGAGAUGAUUGUAUAAUGGUUGGGUUCAUGGAGCAUGGUAUCGAGUCAAGCAAAUGGGCUUUGUAUGGACAUUGUACGAUACUUCGCAACGGUUUCUAGUCCGUUGUCCCUCGCGUAAUCAUGAGAUGCCAAAAUGCGCAUCUAACGGUGGUUUAUGCUUGACCCUUUUUCUUAUAGGAUUAAAUCAAUAAAAAUAUGAUAAUGA